AUGAGUGAAGAGUGUGUCUUGGAGAUUGCAUGCAGUUCAUUUUCCUGGGUCAAAAGUGGAUUGGUUUGAGAACAAUAAUUAUGAGGCUGACGUGUAUGUUCUCCUUCAUCUUGCUGUUUGGAGCAGCGGGGCUUGUCGUCUUCAUUCAUCUGCAGGAUCCAGAAGACAUAGUUCAUCAGCAGACACCAGGGAUAAAAUAUAACAUGGGACCCCAACAACCCAAAAAACAGGACUGCACUUCUAGCAACAAUCAGAAUGUAAGAACAAGAAAAAAUUCUGCAGAGGCAUUAGCAAUGGGAAACCAGAGAAGUUCAUUAUACCCACCUGUGAAUGCACCUACUAAGCUUCAAAGUACAGAAAGAAAACAAAAUAUAAUGUUUGUGAUGAAAGACCAUCAAAAAAAAGAUGCAGAAAUUAAUCCUAUUGGGCUCCACAAACGGCGAAGGAGAUUUAUAAUUAAGAAGAGCCCUAUACUGAUUGCUAUGAACAGUUCUUCUCUCAACCUGCCUAUGCUUAAAUCUGAGGACAGAAACGACAACAAUUGGAAAAGUCUUUAUCAGAUCCAAAGAGAAAGAAAGAGAAUAAUGAGAGAUACUUGUUCCAAAUACAAGAGUAAUAACAGAAGAAUAAUCACUCCUUAUCACGUUUCCAGAAUAUUUGUAGAAGAUAAAUAUAGAAUUCUAUACUGUGAAGUUCCAAAAGCUGGCUGUUCUAACUGGAAACGAGUGCUCAUGGUUCUCAAUGGGUUGGCUUCUUCCACAAAAGAUAUACAGCACAACACAGUGCAUUAUGGAAAUUAUUUAAAAAGGCUGGAUGGGUUUGAUCGCAAAGGGAUUUAUCACAGGCUCAACACUUACACCAAGAUGCUUUUCAUUCGCGAACCCUUUGAAAAGUUGGUAUCCGCAUUUCGGGACAAGUUUGAGCAUCCGAACAAUUACUACCACCCUGUUUUUGGAAAAGCUAUUAUUUCGAGAUACCGUGUGAAUGCCUCCAAAGAAGCAUUAAGGACAGGUUCCGGAGUCAAAUUUAAAGAGUUCAUUCAAUAUCUUCUAGAUGUACGUAGGCCAGUGGGCAUGGACAUUCACUGGGAUCACGUCAACAGGCUUUGCAGCCCAUGUUUAAUAGACUAUGACUUUGUAGGGAAAUUUGAAAGCAUGGAAGAAGAUGCAAAUUUUUUCCUGCAUUUAAUUGGUGCGCCACAAAAUUUAACUUUCCCUAGGUUUAAAGACAGACAUUCCAAUGAAGAACGAACCACCACUAAAAUUACACAGAGCUAUUUUGCACAGCUUUCCCCUGCUCAAAGACAACACAGUUAUGAUUUUUAUUAUAUGGAUUAUUUGAUGUUUAACUAUUCAAAACCUUUUGAAGAUUUGUAUUAGAUAGUAAGAGACACUUCUAUUUCAUAUCAGCUGAAUUACAUAAUAGAUACAGGCUUUGGUACACCAAUACUCUAGAAGCACAUCACUCUCAUAUUUUCUAAGAAUAAUCAGUGGAUUCAUGUGACAGUAUAACUGGUAGCUUUUCAUGUACAAAAUCUCAUUUUAGAAAAUUUACCAUAAAUAAAAAAAAUUGACUUUUACGUUUGGCCUGAAAUAUCAAAGAAAAAUGGGAACUACAAAGUCCUUAUGCCUCCAUGUGGUGUCUCCUAGAUGUUACCGUCUGUUUAGCAAAGGGUCAGUUAAAGAGCAUUUCCACAGCAGCAAAAAAUAAGUAAGAGCAUAAAUGAUUUACAAUUAGUGACGUUUACAUCUGCUCAACUUCCUCCUUUAAAUCAUAAUUUUUCUACCGUUUCUCCAUGUGAUAACAAUAUACAUCAAAGCUCCUAAAUAAAGCACAUGAUUGUA